AUGAAUGAUUCAAUUGGUGAGUCAUCAACAACAACUAAAACAUUUCGUUUUAGUUCAGGACAACUUUUGACAUUGAAUGAAUAUCAAAUAGAAAAAAUUCCUUAUUUGACUGCAUUGGUCUCUGCUGGACCUAGUUUUGAUUCAAUCAAAGUCAAUCAAGGAUACUAUUUACUUGAUUCUCAUAUUGACUAUGAAGAUUUUCUGUUUGUUCUUGAUUCAAUUUCAUUUUAUUCAAUACGACAAAUAUUUACUGAUCUACCUAAAAAUUAUAAUAUUUUGGCAAUUAUUGCUCUUAUGGAUUUUCUUGCCAUUGGACCCGAAAGAAAUCCAACUCUUGAAGAAGUUAAUACGAGUUUUUUUUUGAGUUUUGAAUUUGGUUCUGAAUUAGGUAUAUAUGAAUUUAUUUAUCGACCAUCUGACAUUCAAGACAUGGCUGCUCGAUUUGCUAUUGCCAUAGCAAAAGAAGAAUAUGAUUUUAGAAACCGUAAAGAAGAAUAA